CACACACACACCUCAAACUGCGUUUGUCUAUGCUAGAAGAAACUCUCUUCACUUGUCCUUUUUAGACGAAGGCUCAAUUGUAUACGUUUUAUAAGUCGCCUCUUUUAAAUUCACUUUUCUUUAAAAAAAAAUAAGUGCGGAAUAAGUGCGAUUAUGUUCAGACCGCUCAUCAUGAAUCCAGCUUUCCUACCUGCGCAAACUAACGGCGUUUUGAAGGCGCUCCUGGAGAAACCCAUAAAACUACAUUUGCACCAAGAAGAAGGUAGGAAGGAAAGAGACAAGGUGAAAAAGUUGGAGGAAGAGGGAAACCCUCCACAAUCAGCUUUCUUGGGGCCAACACUUUGGGAUAAAACAUUGCCUUACGAUGGGAAUAGAUUUCAGUUGGAGUAUAUGGACCUUGACGAGUUCCUUUAUGAAAAUGGCAUCCCCUCCUGUCCUGCACAACAUGACCAAAACAUCCAUCACCAGCAACAGCAGCAAGCUUCCAUGCCCCAGGACUCCAUCUCAGUCAUGGACCUUAGCAACCGGGCCAUCACCUCCAUCCACACAGGCAUGGUUCCCCAGAACUGCCUCCACAGCCCGGGAAGACCAGUUUUGCCUGCAUCACGUAACACACCAAGCCCAGCAGACCCGGAGAGCAUUCAGAUACCGAUGAACUAUGAGCCUGAUCCAGAAGAUCUGGCUCUUUCCAGCAUGCCAGGCCAGGAGGUUUUCGACCCAAGAAAACACAAGUUCACAGAAGAGGAGCUGAAGCCUCAACCUAUGAACAAAAAAGCAUGCAAAGUCUUCAUUCCUGAUGAUAUGAAGGAUGACAAAUACUGGGCACGGCGUAGAAAGAACAACAUGGCUGCCAAGAGGUCACGGGACGCCCGGCGUCUCAAGGAAAAUCAGAUUGCAAUCCGGGCUGGUUUCCUGGAGAAAGAGAACGCGGCUCUCAGACAGGAAGUUGCUGACCUACGGAAAGAGCUGGGGCAUUGUAAAAAUACCUUAACCAACUAUGAAGCUCAGCACGGCCCCCUGUGGGGCCUUGGGGACCACGAGGUUCCCCCAUCCCAUGCCCAUUCAGUUUGAAGGACAGUAUUCUUGGGUUAAGGUCAAUUUGUCCUGCUGUUAAGCCAGUCCUCACCUCACUCUGUUCUUGGCAUCUUAGACAGCAGAAAAUGUUUUGUCAUGUAUUUAUUAUAUGCAUCUUACAGAGAACUACCUGCUUUCUAUUUGUUAUUGCAAACAAAUCCAUCAUUGUUUGCUGAUCAAAUUUCUUAAUAGGACAUACCACUUAUAUUUCUGUGUGUGGUAGCAUUUCACUUGUCCUUAUAACACAAAUGUUUUGCCUUGAUUUGGUGUACUUUAGCAGUAAAGUCAGAGCCAGAAGACUCUAAAGACUUAUACACUUAGGGUUGUCUAUGAAUGUGGCACAUGUCCAUAGCUACUUAGGUCUUCAGAUGGGUUUAGGUUGUGUGUUUCUGUAAAUACAUUAUUCUAACAGACAGAACAGAAUGUAGCAAAUUUAACAAUAUUUGUUUGAAAUUAGUUUCAAUUGAUAAAAUAGGCCUUUAUCUCAACCAUCUCAACAGACUGGAUGUUUACUGAUAAUUAAUUCUGUACACCUAAAUAUCUGACUCAAUAUGUUCUUAUUAGAAAACAGACGAUCAGGUUUAUUUCAAAGCAUUAUAAAAUAAGUAUACCAGCUUUAAAAAAAAUCUGUGCCACAUGGAGUGUUACUGAAAUAGCUGUUACCUUGAUUAUGAACCCAUAGUUGGAUUUAUAGUCUAUGUGGUUAAAUUGACUUUCUCAGUUGUGAAAAUGAUAUAUUUAUGUUAUUCAGAAUGUUUUCUUACAGUUCAGAAUCCGUCCAUACCACAUAGAUUGUUUUAAUCAGUUGACUAACUUUUUAUAAAAUCAAAGGUGGCUUGUGUGGGAAAUGAAUACCGCUGUAAAGUUUUUUUUCUCUUAAAAAAUGUUUUAAGUGCAACUGGACAUUUUUGUAUGAAGGCAUAAGCCUGUUGCAAUCAUCCAUUUUCAGCAGAGACCAUGAACAUCAUUUAUUCUGCAUUUAGCUUGCUUUUGAGUUUAAACUGUGAUCAAAGGAAAGCAUUGUGAAGAUCCAAUGCCAUUAUCACUAACAUAAGGUGCGCUGUUUUGGCAAAAUAUUAUUUAGAGUAUAUUAAUACAGAGGAGGGUAUAUUGCCUUUUGUUUGUCAAUUGUAAAAUGAAUGUUCAAUAUAAGUAUGGUGUUUAUUUUAUGUCAAUCUCACUUUCCUAUAGACCAAAUGAUAUAAAAUACAA